AGGAACGGAGACAAAAUACUGAAGGCUUUUUUUUUUCAGGACUUUGUAUUUGGGGAGAGGUUUGCUGUCUCAUGUCUUGUGUAGUUUUCAAAAUAUAAAGAGGCGCCAGACCUCCUGCUGCUGCUAUUUAUACACCUCCUGCACAUGCUCACAUUCAAGGUUAAUAGAGAGUGCAUGGACCGGUCUGAAUACAGGAAGUUACAUCAUGAACGGCAGAGAGGUUGCCCUCUUCUGGACUUGGAUAGGUACUAAGUGUGUAGAUGUGUGUGAGUGUGUGUGUGCGCGUGUGUGUGUGAAGAGAGGGCCUAUACAUGUUCUUUCACAGCUCUUCUCUACCCAUGAAGGGCAGACACAUGUACACAUUGUGUAACGUGGUUCCGCAGUAAGGACAGGGGAGCCUCCUGCUGUAGAGGAAAGACUGGGGAACUCAGCUCUCUCAUUUCAGCAGGAUGAACAGCAGAGGAUUCUGGAGAAGAUGACACAGACUGGCAGUCUCUCCCUCUCUCUUUACUGGCUGGAUUCACACAUAUCCAACAUCAUUCCAGAGUUCAUCUGAUGAGAUUUUAGUCUCUGAGUUUUUCCAGUCCUUUCCUCUGCCACCUGCACAGUUGUAUUGCUGUUGUGUGCACAUAGGCACCAUGGGAAACAUAGUCCAAUGCUGUCACACACUGUCAAAUUACUUUAAGUGUAAGGAUGCACCGGUCCAGAGUGAGGCAGAAAGAUCCCCUCUGCUAUCCAGUGAAGAGAGUGAAUGUGAAUCGCUGAGUCUGUCGGACGACUUGGAGGACGAUCUGUUAACCGCCUCCACCGGCGUGACAAACCCUGCCCUCGAACCAGAGCACUUCCUGUUUCCUGACAUCGUCCUAAGUAGCACCCUGGGAGGGGACGUGACUCUGGUGGAGCCGAUGGUGUGUCUGCUGGUGUCUGAGGAGGAAGAGGGAGUGAGGGUGGAUGAGCCAGGAGAUGAAGGACAAGAGAGGAGCAACAUGUGGAGAAACAGGGGGUUUUCUGAGGUUGAGACACAGACUGAAGUGGAGACACAAAUCGGUAUGGGGGUGCAGACUCAGACUGAGUCACAGGCAGAAGUUCAGGCACAAACAGAAAUACGUGUAUGCAAUAAUGAGACUGUAGAGAGUGAAGUAAACACACCAGCAAAUGCUGGCAUUACAGAAGAGAUGGUUGUGGAUGUUUGGGAUGAACAUGAAAUACUGAGACAGGUGGAUGUGCUCUUGGAGGCACAAACAUCACGAGAGAAACAAUCAGAAAUUGUCACUAAAGUGAUGUCAGAGAAACAAAAGAAAAGGAUAGACUUUGGAACCUGGGCUGACAUGGACGUUUUUGUUGAGGUGCCAGGGAAGGUGGAAGGACAGACCGAAGAAAAAAAACUGGCCUUCGGAGAUAUAGACAAGGAAGCUGAGCAAGAGCCGAAAGAGAAUCACAUCCAUGAGGAACUCACCUCCAUUUCAACAAAGCAUAUAUUUCAAACAGAACAAAAUGCAGAGCUAAUGGAGAAGUUCAACACUGAUGAAGAACAUGUCUAUAAGUUGCAACAGGAUACUGUUACUGCUCAGGAAAAUACAGACUUUGCCUGGACAGAGCCAACACAGGAGAAUGUUAAAGACAAACAACAAAACAUUAAUUUAGAGUCAGAGAUGGCGACUGCACACAACAACAAUAUGGAUGAAAACAUUGAGUCACAAAAGGACAUUCAGCUGACAAAAUACAGCAUCACAAGCACUGACAUGGUGGAAAGCUUUGGCCCUGCUGAGUGUGGUGUAGACCUGACACAACAGAGUGAUCCGGAUGAUGAAGAGAUGGGACAGGCAACUGUGGCAUCAGAUCAGAAUGUAAAUGAAAAGGGCUGUAACAUUAACCACGGAAAAACAAACAGGAAUCUGUCUGAGGACCUCACAGAUUACUCAGAUUUAAAUGCAGAAUAUAUUCAAUGCCAGGACCCAGCAAAGAGGGAAGAGGAAGACAAAAAGACAGCUCUGUCAAAUGUGGAGGAGGAAGAGGCUGAGAUGAAGAAAACCUUGUUCUUAUUUGACAGGCUGUUUCUGGCAGCACCACAUGUCAGAGGUCAACUUGAAGAAAGCCCUGAGGAUGGUCGCCCACAGCAGUCUGAUGCUGAUAAAAGGAAACUCAGCAUCGGUGACAUAGUUGAUCUCCAAGAGACAGACUUUACUGUCAGAAUUCAACCUCCCGGAACAGAAAGCUUUGAGCUUCAGGUGUCAGGCCAGAUGUUGGUGGUGGAGCUGCACCAGGUGCUGAUGGAGCACGAGAUCACCUGCCACCGCACAUGCUUUUCCCUCCAGCUGGGAGGCAUCGUGCUCGACAGCCUCACAGAGCUACGCUCCAUCCAGGGCAUCCAGGACGGAGUGCUGAUCAAGGUGGUGGAAGGUGUCAUACAGACGCUCUCUCUUUAUGUCUCAAAACUGCAAAGGCUCAUCUGGCUUUGCAAACGUGGUGAAAAUGGCUUCAACCAGGAAGAUCCUUACACAGUGCGUGAUGCUCGUCUUCAUCUCAGACAUGUUCGUGAUCUUCUGAGGAGUCUUGACCCCACAGAUGCAUACAACGGAGUAAACUGCCGCUCACUCUCUUACCUGACCUUUUACACCAGAGGAGACAAAGAUAGUGACAGGUCAGGGAACAGGGGAGCUUCUGAAAAGGAGUCCUUUGACUGCAGCCCUCCAGAAUACAUCCUCCCUGGAUGUAAGGACCGACCACUUACUCCACUGCAGCCACUCAGAGAUGACUGGAAGCCAUUACAAUGCCUGCGGGUUCUGACCAUGAGCAGCUGGAACCCACCUCCAGGAAACCGGAAGAUGCAUGGGGACUUAAUGUACAUCAAUGUCCUAACUAUGGAGAACAGAGAACUCAACAUAACAUCCUCUACACGCGGCUUCUACCUCAACCAGUCAACUGCCUUCAACUUCAACCCUAAACCUGCAGUUCCCAAAAUCCUUUGCCACUCUUUAGUUGAGCUGCUGAGUCAAGUCAGCCCUGCUUUCAGGAAAACCUUCAGUGUCCUGCAGAAGAAGAGAGUUCAGCAACACCCUUUUGAGCGGAUCGCAGCACCUUUCCAGGUGUUCACCUGGAUCGCCCGUCAUGGAGAUCACACCCUUGACUGUGUCAGAGCAGAGGAGACACACACCAGUCGCAUGGGCCAGGACGAGCACACAGCUGGGCAGAGUCGGGACUGGAAUGAGGAGCUGCAGGGAUGCAGGGAACUCACCAGAAACUCCCUUCAGGAGCGCCUGAAGAGAGAGAGGAGCAUAUUCAAGACCAACAGUGACUUUGUUGCCGCUGCAACACAAGGUGCUGUAGCUGUUAUUGACGGUAACGUCAUGCCGUUAAACCCAGGGGAGGCGCCUCAUAUGCAGAUGUUCAUCUGGAACAAUCUGUUCUUCAGCCUGGGGUUCGACAUAGCUGAGCACUACCGCCCACUAGGGGGCAACGCUGCUGCUCAUGCUGCUGCCAUGUGUGACCUGAGAGGAGCGCAGGCAUACGCAUCUGUCGACAUAGAGGGGCUUCACACACUUGGAACAGCUGUGGUGGAUUAUCGUGGCAUCCGUGUUAUCGCUCAGACCAUUGUUCCUGGGAUACUGGAGAAAAAUCAGGAGCAGAGUGUUGUCUAUGGCUCUAAUGACUAUGGAAAAACUGUUUUUACACACCCCAGAUUUCUGAAGCUUCUGGAUAAAACCAGUAAACCGCUUAGAAUCCAACGUCACCAAGUGCUCGACCACAGCAACAGCCCAGUAGAGCUUUGCUCUGGCAUCGAGACCAAAGGCAUCCUGGGUAAUGAUGGAAGACCCUACAUCUUGGACCUUCUCCGAACCUUCCCCCCCGACCUUAACUUCCAGUUCUCAGAGACAGAGGAGAGGAGGGAGGUGCCAAAAGAGUGUCGGAGCUUUGGUUACCCACGGCAACAUCAUCACAGCCUGGCCAGCCUGAGACCAGAGCUGAUAGAGGCCUUCGUCCAGCAUAGGUAUGAACUUUAUGUCAAGAUGGUGUCCCAGGGGCUCAUUCAGCCAGAAGAACAAGAUAAAGCCACGGAGAAGAGUGAAGAGUCGGUCUAUAAGCCCAGAACUGGAGAAACAGCCACAGCAGAAAAUGUGAUUAUGAAAGCUUGUGAAGCUGUUGGAUCAGUGAGUGACUCCUGCUUUGACAUCCGCUUCAAUCCUAAUGUUUGCUCUCCAGGCGUUCGUUUCUCCUCUGAGUGUGUUGAGGAGGUUCAGAGGCAGAGACAGUUGUUAUGGGACAUAGCUGCUUUUCUACUGUCCAAUCAGAUUGCAGCAGUGCUUAGAGAUUGUCUCGACCACACAGUAGUGCCAAUGGAUGGAGCGACCCUGACCUCAGUGCUGCACCAGCGAGGUGUGAACGUACGGUACCUGGGCACCUUACUGACUGAGCUGGACAGGGUGGAAGAGAGAGAGAGACUCAGCCACAUAAAGAGAAUUUCUAUCAGUGAAGUCAUCGUCAGAAGUGCAAAACACAUCUUUAGGACCUAUCUACAGGAUGUGGAACCUGCAGCUUUCUCCGCUGCUGUCAGUCACUUCCUAAACUGCCUCCUAAGCUCGUCCUCCUGUCUCAGCGACUCCUGCUCAGAUGAGUUGCUCUCUCGCCGCAGGAGCAGACGGCGCAGGAGCCACGGGAGUCGAGUCACCUUGUUGACAGACAGCGUGUGGGCUAGACUGACCCCCAGUGAGCUGUGGGGCCGGAUCAGGACUGAGGCUGGAGUUUAUUACCACUACACAAUAGACAGUGAAAGUGUAGACCGAGUAAUAGAAAAGCACAGCCUUCAGAGGAUCUCCUUACUGAGAGAGAUUGCCAUCAAGACGGGCAUCCAGGUGCAGCUGAGGGAGUAUGUGUUUGAGUCUCGGCACAGGCCAGUGUUUGGCGAGGAAGAUGUCAUCAACAUGUUCCCUGUGGUCAAACAUCUUAAACUUACAGUAACAGAUGCCACGCGACUUGUGCAACACGCACAGGUGGCAGUACAGCAGGGGCUACUCAAAGAUGGCUAUGAAUUGAUUAGCCAUGCCCUGACUCUGUUCAGCAGUGUAUGUGGGGUCCUGCAUGAGGACGUGUGCAUGUGCCUGCGUCUCCUGGGACGGAUCUGCUACAUCCUGGGGGAAUAUGCAGAUGCCCUCAGCCACCAGGAAAAGGCUGUUAUGACUAGUGAGAGAAUAAAAGGUAUAGACCAUCCACAGACCAUACAAGAAUAUAUUUACCUGGCCCUGUACUGCUUUGCUGGAGGCCGACAUUCAACCUCCCUACAUCUGCUGUACCGCGCUCGGUACCUCACACUGCUUGUGAGUGGAGAAGAUCAUCCACAAGUCGCACAGCUGGAUAGUAUGCUGGGUCUAGUACUUCAUGGACUGAUGGAGUAUGAGCUUUCUUUGAAGUUCCUACAGAAUGCCUUAAUUUCCACCUCAAAAUACCACGGUGCCACAUCCCUGAAGCAUGCACAAAGUCAUCAUCUGCUCGCCACUGUAUACGAGAGUAAAGGAGAGUUUCGAUCAGCUCUUCAACACGAGAAAGAGGCGUAUUCAAUAUAUAAGAGCCAGGUUGGGGAGAACCAUGACAGUAUGAAGGAAAGCUCAGAGUACUUGAAGAGCCUCACUCAGCAGGCUGUGAUCCUCCAGAAAGCCAUCAACCAUAUCUACAGCAACACACCCAGUGCCUGUAUUCCACCUCCAAAGUUUUCCACACCCAGCCCUCUCACAAUCCUUCAGCAGCUCAACCUGACAUGUGGAAUCAUUCUCAUUCCCCUCAGUGCAAAAGAAAUUGCAGACCUGAGGACUGAAUUAAAGGGAAAGUAAAAGGGAAAGUAAAAUGUUUAAAUGGAAGAGCUGGAAAUAAAGACUUAAAAAAAACUUGAAGAGAACUGCAGACAACAACCUUGAACUAUGGACCAAAGGGAGCGUUACAAUAGAACAAAGAAGAAGAUCUGUGUAGUCAGUCAGACUCCUGAAAAUGACCAUGGACAAAGAGUGGUGCAGCUGUCUCUUCUACU